GGCAGUGGGAAGGAUGAGCUCCUCCACUAGGGGAUGUACCUAUCUUCUUAGAUUCUUCCUUUCCAGAGAAUGAUCUGGGCCCCGGCCAUAGGAAGUUUGCCUAGGCUUUCCUCAUGGUCAGGAUGUCUCGCUCAACCAGUUGUACGCUUAGUAAUUCUUCAAAUGCAACGGGUCAGAGUACUUCCACAGCAGGUCUGCAAGCGUCACUUGCCAGCUGCAAUGUGGCUCAACACAGGUGGUCGUUCUCGCUUGCAGAAUGCGGCCUCUUCAGAGUUGCACGAUGUAGGGAUAGAAGAAAGAUUCAGAGUAGCUCCGACCAAAACCCUUCUUAUGGCAGUUGUUUUUGCUCAAUCCAGCAAGGUAAAAGGGGAAGUCAUCCACAGAGCAACGCAAAAUGUCGCCAGGUGCGUGUGAAAAUGGACCAUUGCGUGGCUGCCAGAUCUAAGGAGAGCAGUGCGCCCAAGCACAUGUCCUUUAGGGAGGUGGCACAGGCGGUUGACAUGAUGCCCUCUGACGGUUUGGCCUUCCUUCAGAGUGCUGGUCUUCGUGGCUUGGACAGCGCUGACGUUGGCCGAGAGUUUGAGCCAAGGCGGCAAUCAGAAGCAAUGAGUGCUUACAUCUGCGGCGAUGUGUCCGACGAGGACUUUCCGGAUCGGUUGACGGAACCGCCGCUGCUGAAUCUAGGCAAUGCUGAUGCUACUGUUGGCCCUGGCGUAGGGUGCCAAAGCAUAAGAGGCCCGGAGGCAGUGCUGGGAGGUGUUUCAAAUAGUGGUGCGGGUAACUCUUCUACUUCUAGAGUCAAAUCCAGCCAUUUUCAGGCUGAAGCAACGCAGAACGAGGUGCUGCGCCCACCUCAGGAAGCGUUUCAGCAUGCAGAAUGCUGCAGACCGUGUCCUCCUGAUGACACACAGGGAUCAAGCGGCGGCGAUUCUGUAGAUAGGUUGCAAAAGUGUGCUGCUGGUCUGGGUGGCAUAGCGGCCCUCGGUCUGCAGCAGCGCAAGGAGCAGAAGUCAGAAGUCAUCUCAGAGAGCCAAAGUGUUGGCGCUUCCGAUAGGGAAGCAGCGAGGCCAGGUAUUGAAGAGGUAAAAGUAGAGGCUGCUAUACAAGUUUAUAUUGAAAAUAAAGAAGCUGAGAAGCUCGUUGAGUUGCUAGAGUCCCUGGGAAAAAGUAGCGUCAGUAUGGGGAGCGUCGCCAACGCAAAAGAGGUGAUCAACAUGCUAGCGCACAGUGGUGGGACCGACAUGGUUAUAAGGUGCCUGAAAGCCUUUCCCCAGAGCGGCGCGCUCUACUCCCACGCAAUGCGUUCUUUCCCUCCACAAAACACCUCACUCUUCUGGAAGUCCCUGAUUGGUCGGAUAAAGGACGAGGGCGAAAUGCCCCCCCCGAGGGACUAUGCCCUCGUUGCAAGGACGCUGCUCCACUGGAAGGCGGCAGAGUUUGUGGACUUUGUAUGCGCUUUGAGGAGCGUGUCUAGUUGCUCCACAAGAGAUCUUUGCAACAAUGAGGCGCUGUUUAGAGAGCUCGCGAGGCAUCGGGAUGUGGCGUCAACACUCAAGUUUCUGCACCAUGGUGUGCGGCCAUCACGGCUGGGAACGGAGUACUCCAAAGCGAUCACGCAGUUCAGCAGGCAGCGGAAUGUGACCGCGGCUCGUGCAAUCUUCGAGGACCUGGUGACUUCGAGACCUGACCAGAUUGACACAUUCGCUUGUCGUGCGGUCAUCGACGCGUUCAAGGAAGCGAGGCUUCCUCAGGAGGCACUGCAGACGUUUGAAAGCAUGCCGCGCUGGGGCGUCAAGCCGAACAAGCACAUCUAUCACAGUCUCCUCCACGCGUUCGUCCUCGAGCGCACCUCCCGCUCCGAGCUCCUCGGCGCGCGCGAGGCGGUGCUCCGGACCUGCUUGCGGCUCUUCAAGCAGAUGAAGGCAGAGGGCAUCGAGCCCGACGGAGUGACGUACACAAUCUUGAUGACCAUCUUUGGAGCGGCCGCGCAGCCGGAACUAGCAUGGGGGGUUUACCAGGAGCUGCGGCAGAAGGUGCGGGAGGAGGCGGGGGGCGUCGUGCUGACGCAGCGGCAGUACGGGGCGAUCCUGGCGGUGCUGGUAGAAGGGCGCGAAGUGGAGAAGGCGUUUGAGGUGAAGGACGACAUGGAGGCGGCGGGGCUGGGCCUUGACCGCAUCUCGUGGUGCCUCCUCAUCCGCGCCUGUACCCAAGUCGACCAGGUGUACCGUGCGUUCACGGUCUUCGACGAGAUGGUCGCAUCGGGCUGCCCCCCCUGCACGGAAGCGUACAACGUGCUGAUCAACGCGUGCGCGGCCGCGGGGCUCGAGGACCGCGCGUGGGCGCUCCUGGAUGAAAUGAAGGCGGGCGGGCCGGGCAAGACGGGGGGCGCGGCGUGCGCACCGGACAUCGUGACGUUCAACACGAUGCUCAAAGUGUGCUACGACCAGCCAGAGAAAGCGCACGAGAUCCUGGACGAGAUCGCGGCGGAGGGCCUGCGUCCCAACCUCCGGACGUUCAACUCAGUGGUCGACAUCUACGCCCAAAAGCACGACGCAACCGGCGCGCGGCGCGCGUUCGACCAGAUGAAAGCCGCGGGACUGCAUCCGAACAUGAAAGCGGCAGGGGUGCAGCCGAACAAAGCCACGUACCGCGUGCUGCUGCGCAUUCGGCCCGAGUGGAAGCUGCACUACGACGUGCGGCGCGGACUGGCGCUGUACGAGGAGAUGCGCGGCGCUGGGUUUGCGCCCAACGACUCCGACUUCAAGAAUCUCAUGGACCGCUGGGCCGAGGAGCAGCUGGCCGCGCGAGCGCAGGAGGAAGAAAAGUCUGCGUCGACACCCGCCGAGGACGAGCGCUCCGCUGCUAAGCUCGUACCCGCAGGCGAACCCGCGCGGCCGCCCAUGUUCCUAGACCUGGUGAUGCGCAAGGGCAGCAGCGACACGGCCGAGACUGAGGAGCUGACCAUCGACCUGCACGGCCUCAGCAGACCUGAAGCCCGCGCCGCUGUGCUGUCGCUCCUGAGAAUUCUGCAGCUGCGGCAUGCCCAAGGCUGGAAGGUUCAAAGCGACCUGACAAUUAUCACCGGCCGGGGGAUCGGGAGCCGCAUCACGGGGAUCCCCGUGGUACGCACCGCAGUCCUAAACCUGCUCAAAGAAGAGCUCGGGUUCCCCGUAAUCGCCUGGGAACCCAGCCCCGACCUAGACGACCUAAACCUCGAAAGCCUCAACCUUCGGAGCAUCGGCGCGCGCGCUCUACUAGGCCCUGGGGAAGCGAACCGGGCUGCCCUUGAGGGGCGGAAAGAGGUCGGGGGCGGGGCCUCCGAGGAGAUGGAAACGAGUCAGAAACUAGGGGCGGGAGGGAAAAGCGACCCGGCGCGGGAGCUGAUGGCUGAGGCGAUGACGGCGAUCGCGGGGCACAACGAGGUUGAGGUGAAUUCGUUGCUGGUGCACGGGUUGGGCAAACCGGGGGUCAUGAAGCCAAUCGCGGACGAAAGGGAGGGGAGCCGGGACAGGGAGGCGGCGGAGCGGGCGAAGGCGGAGUUGACCGACGCGCUGUUACGGGAGGUAGACGACUCGGGACCGCUGCAUGAAUCGGAAUCCGCAGGAACGCAUACCAGCGGAAGUGAAGCGGCGGGGGCGGAUGGCGAUGAAUUGGCCGAGGCACAGCUGUCAGGAAGUGACGGGUCGGUUCUUCUUGCAGCAGAUGGGGAAAACCGGUACUCUUCAGAGAGCGGGUGGUCACCGGGGCCGUCCGAUGACGCGUCUGAGAACGAGGGUUCAGAUGACGAAGAGGAAAAAGGCUCGGAGCGUCGACGGGGAGAUUAUAGUGCGGCGGACUCGUUGCCGGAGAGCUUCAAGCGGAUGCCGCCCGAGCUGCGCGAGCGGCAGCUGCAGCGGCUGAAGGACGCGGAGCGGUGGCGGCAACUAGAGGAGGAGCUUUAUUACUUGGGGCCGUAUGGGCAGCGGUUGCUGUACACGAGGCGGCGGUUGAAGAACCAGGGCAGGAUUGUGGUGCCGAAAGAUGCAUUGCUUGCGUGGGUAGAGGGGAAGCGGAAGCACGGGCGACAGAGGAGGGGAAAGGAUGCGAAGCAGGCACAGGGCCGGUAGUCUUGGCCGGUAGUCUUCUGAAACGCACCAUGGUUUCCAGGGGGCGAUAUCUCUUGUACACUCUCAUACCGAAACCAAGCACGCCACGUCGGUGGGCGCCACAAUCCAAGUUGUUGUCGAGGC